AUGUCAACGAUGCACGUGCCUCGACGAAAGGCACAAUCAGGCAAACACAAACGUCAGAAACUCCUCGACAAACGAGCCUUGAAACGAGGCGACCUAUCAGUCGAAGAUCACGCAGCGGGUCUACACAAACUCAACGACAAAUACGGACGAGUCAGGACGCUAGCAUCCAAAUCAGGCGGAGUAGAUCCCAACUCAUCGAGUGUAAGGUUAAAAUCGAAAUUUUAUGGAUUAUCAGCAGAAUACCUUACGAAAACUCGUAAUCUUGCUUUUGAAUUUGAACUCGAAAGACCAUUGUCCGCGGAAAGUGCGGUAUUUCCUUUGGAGAUAUUGACGGAGAGGGACAAAGAAGGAAAGUUGAGCUGUCCUAGUAGACCGAAAUUUAGAGUUGGACAAAGUAAGAAGGAAGUAGAGAGGAAUGAAGAGGGGAUGUUUAAGAAAUGGUUGAAAGUUACCAAUGAGAUUAUGCAGGAAUAUAUCGAUGAACAGGAUGAAGAGGAAGAGGGAUAUCCAAGAGGACCGACGUGGUAUGAAACGAAUUUAGAAGUAUGGAGACAAUUAUGGAGAGUGACGGAAUCGUCCAACAUCCUUUUACUUCUCCUCGACUCUCGAUGUCCAUUAUUACAUUGUCCUCCCUCUUUACGCAACUAUCUUCAGAACCUGAAACCUCAAAAGGAGAUUAUACUGAUUUUGACUAAAUCUGAUUUGGUUGAUCCUACUGCACUAGAAGGAUGGAAAGAUUGGGUUAGAGGAUGGUGGGGACAAGAAGGCGUGCAGGUAGUCAGUGUGAGAUCAUAUGAUGUUGAGCUCUUAGAUAAUGGUAAAGGUAGACAUAGACCUGAUAUCCCGCAAGAUUCACUCGAAGAGCUCAUCAUAGCUCUGAAAACUGCUCAUGAAAGAAUGCUAGAAGCUCCCACAUGGGCAAAAGAGAAUCCAGAGAAAUUGAAAGAUUGGAAACCAUCUGUUCGACCUACGGUGGAUUGGUCGUCGUUGGCUCAGGAAGAAUAUCCAUAUGAUAUAGCUGCUACUCAUUCGACAAAGUCCAUUAUUCUGAAAGAUGAUAAACCGAAACCUGAUCAAGCUCAGGAAUCUGGAAAUGAUAGUAUCGAUACUCGCUCGCGGGACCAGGCCGAAGAGCCCCUUACGAUAGGUCUGAUAGGACAGCCUAACGUAGGAAAGUCAUCUCUAUUGAACGCCUUGCUGGGAGAACAGAAAGUCAAAGCUAGUAGAACUCCAGGUAAAACUAAACACUUCCAAACUAUGUUUUGGGGAAGUAAGAAGGAAAUCCGAUUCGUAGAUUGUCCAGGAUUGGUAUGUCCAUCAUUAGUAGGGUUGGAGAUUCAAGCUUUAGCAGCUACGAUACCAAUCUCUCAAAUAGCUUCUCUGCCAGCGUGUAUAACCUUCUGCGCCCAACGCCUACCGCUUGAAACCAUAUUUAAGAUACCCUAUACAGUCGCUGAAGGUGACAUUGAUCCGUAUGCUGGGAAGAGGACUUACAGGGAUCCCAAGCUUGCUGAGGCAGAGAGGAUCAAGAGGGAAGAAGAGGAGAGUAAGGAAAAAUGGACGGCCGGGAAGAUAAUGGAAGGUAGAGCGUUUGAUAGAGGAUAUUUGAGCGCUAAGAGUGGAAGAGCCGAUAUCAACCGAGCAGCCAAUGGAAUCAUGCGAUUACUGGCAGAUGGUAAGAUCAGAUGGGGAUUUUAUCCACCAGGAACGACAGGCAGAGAAGGGAAAGGAAUAUGGCUAGGAUCGGAAGCGGAAAAUCAAGAUAUAAAUGUAUAUGAUGACGAGAAGGUUAAUCCGCAUCGUGAUCAGGCAACUAGUGGAGAGGAAUAUGAUGAAGAUGAGUUGGAAUAUGAUUCUGAGGAUGUAUCAGAGUUGGAAGCAGAAGAAGACGAGGAAGAGGAGGACCAAGACGAGGACGAGAAUGUGGCGAAGAGUGAUAAGAUCGUGGGUAGGGUUGGAGGGUUCUUUGACGCGCUGGGUAUAGAUGAUGAUGAUGAGGAGGAGGAGGAGGAAGAUGAUGAGGAGGAGGAAGAAGGCGAAAAAGAUCAGGAGAAGAAGUGA